CACUGCAUAACAACAAGUAAGAGGAACAUUACGAUAACUUUUUUUUUGGUAAUGAUGUAUUUUGAGUUGUGCUACCUUACUGCAUUAAAAUCUCAACUUUCAUAAAAAGUACGUUUGCACACUAAGCCAACGAUAUAAUUCAUUCAUUGUGUGCCAGUGAAGGAAGGUAAACAAAUUGUUUUAAUGUUUUUAAAGUGUGUUUAAUGCAGGUACGUGGUUGACGCAGAAAUCGGUCGAUACAUUCAUACAUACAUAUACAUAUUUGUAAUAUUAACUUAUGGUGUGCUCUUGAAAUUUUGAAAUAUAUGUAUAAAUAAAGUACAUGCUUCUGCUCAAAUUAUUCAGGACCAAAGCACUUCUGUUGAUAUAGACUUCAUUUUAUUUCAGUUCAUAUACGAAUUCCAUUACUUGAAAACUCUUACACCCGAUGAUAGUACAAUGAUACGAUUGCUUUCACGCAUCAAAGACAUGUACUGGCUGGAUGGUGGUCAUGGUGGUCAAAAGAAUACAUGGAUAACGUCUCGAAGCCUUUUAGAAACUCUUACACGAAUGGGCAUGAAUAUUCAUGUGCAUCUGACGCCAUAUCAGGUACAAGACGAUCGCCGGCCGUGGAUACGAAAAGAAGAAAAGAUCUUUACGGAUAUGCUUCGACGACUGGGCGCCCCGAUAACGCGGCACCUGCACUAUGACAGUCAAACGGCGAAUUUAAUGACACACUUUGAAGUUUUACAAGCUUUUUGUCAACACAUUCAUGCAUUAAACCAACAACAUCAAUUGCAAAUGCAACAACAGCAAGCAACACAACCGCAACAAACAUCGGCUUUACAACCUCUGCAGCAAUCUUCUAGCAAUAUUCAGAUUAAUGAGCAAUUACAACAACAACAGCAGUUGCAACAAGCACAGCUUAACUCAAUUCGUUCAGAGUUGGCCAAGACAAGUGCUAGCGGACCGAAGUGACAUCACCGGCGUCG